AUGGCAAAACACGGACAAUUUCGCCCAUGGUCAGAUCAGGCAGCGACUGACUCUCUUGAGAGCUGUCCACAACAGGGCUGUGGUUCGACGCUGUCAACCGCAGCCUUGGUGCGGCAAAUCAAACAGGUCGGAGGGUCGAGUCAAGUAUGCCCACAGGCUGCUGCAUGCAAGGAGCUCCGGGGGUGGGUGGGAAAGAAGAAUGUGGGAAGGAACAAGGAAAGAAGGCAUAAGAAGGGAGAUCCGAAGCGUGGGCAGCUUUGGUGGGUAACCAAGAAGAGAGUAUCUACUAUGAUAUCCAAGUUACCCUUCCGGGACGAUGUGGCGCUUCGAGGGGAGGGGAAUAUAGCCGUAGAUAAUGAUAGCAAAGCGGCGCCACACAAGGCCGGGGGCGAGGAAAGAAACCUCGCCACGAUGCGGUUCUAUUCGGAGUUGAGGGAAAGAGAGAGAGGGAAGAGAGAAAUGGACUCGAAGGAGAACAGCGAGUGGGACAAAGCCGACGAGGCAACUGCCCGCAAAUCGUCAGGCUACCGAAAACUGCGGCUUACCAGCCCCUCAAGCCAGUUCCAGCCAGCCAGCCCCUCUCUCCCAGGUAUCGAUACCAUCAUCCAAGUAUCACCGCUUUACUACCUGUUCCCUUUUCCCCCUACGGUAUGUACUGCUGCUGCUGCUGCUGCUGGAAACUGGCUGGCUGCGUUGGUUGCUGCUGG